AUGUCUGUCUACUCUCUCAACGAUGAUGAUCAUGACCCCCAAGCCGACGAGCUCCGGGAGACCGCCCUCGUCACCUUGGAGGCUCUGAUUAGCUCCUGCAACCAACAAAUGCAGCCUUACCUCACAAACACCACCCGAGCCGCACUUCGAUUCUUGAAAUACGAUCCCAAUGUCGCUGAGAUGGAAGACGACGAGGAAAUGGGCGGUACACAAGACGACGACAGCGACGAAGAUCAAGACUUGGACGACGACGAGUUUGGGGACUUUGAGGAUGAAGGUGGAUACAGUGAUGUGGAUGAUAUGAGCUGGAAGGUUCGUCGAUGCGCAGCCAAGCUUCUAUAUAGCCUGAUUUCGACCUAUGGUCGCAACAGCGGCUUGGAAGAUGCCACUCUGUAUCAGAAGGUCGUGCCGGCUUUGAUCUCCCGCAUCGGCAAAGAGCGUGAGGAGAGCGUGAAGCUGGAGGUGGUCUCUACCUUGACUGCUCUGGUGCGUAAAACAAGUGAGGGCUCAGUGAUCUUAACAUCCGGUGGAUAUCUGGAAGCUGUGGGGGGAUCGAAAAACUCCCGCAAGAGAAGACGCCAGGACAGCGAUGCAAGCAUGGUCGACUUCGAACCUGGAGUGGGAGCGUCCUCAGCCAUUGACUCUCCACUUACCCCUUCCUCGCCCAAAUCUGGACCCCAGGCGGAUUUGGCCCGUUCUGUUCCUUUGAUCGUUCAGAGCCUUGUGAAGUCGUGGAAGCAGGCCUCGAUACCCUUGCGACAGGCUAUUAUUGUUCUCUUGAAAAGUCUCUCGUUGGUUCGCUAUGGCGGACUGGCCGACCAUCUCCAGCAGAUUGAAGAUCUGAUCGUGGAUGCUUUGAAGACAUCAUCCCUUGUCGGCAACUCGGCUGCCCACUCUGGUGCAGCUGUCAGCGCUGGUACUCUACAAAUUGAAACACUUGGCCUGGUCUCUGCCAUUGCGGAAACACACCAAUCCGAUUCCCUCCUCUCGUUCCUCGUCGCCCUGGUGCCAGGUGUCGUGGGGGCUGUCAACGAACGAAACUAUAAAGUCAGCAGUGAGGCACUAGGUGCUGUGGAACAAGUCGUGAAGGCAUUGACCCCACCUCGCGUGUCAGCAAAGGGCUCUGACGUCGCUGUACAGCUGGCGAAGCUCUAUGAUGUCGUUCUUACCCGAAUCACCGACACUAGUGCCGACCUCGAGGUCCGUCAGCGAGCAAUUCAUGUAUUUGGUGUUAUUCUGGCACGCACAUCCGGUGAACGCGGAAUUGACUAUCUUUCCACCGACCGCCGAUCAAAUGGCCUCGACAUCCUAAUCGAUCGUGUGAAAAAUGAAACAACCCGCCUUGCCGCUGUUCGUGCCAUUGAUGAUGUUGUUGUAUUGGCUAGCCGCACAGAAGACGUCAGCAGUGACUGGGUCAACACGAUUACCAUUGAGUUGGGAUCAAACCUGCGAAAGGCUGAUCGCGCCUUGCGCAGCUCUUGCCUUGAAGCUCUCCGCAGCACUGCUAUGAACAGUAACACUCGUUCCCAUAUCAACGCCGACACAAUGACUAGCCUUGAGGCUGUCUUGCUACCGCUCUUGUCGGCGCCCGACUUCCAUCUUCUCACCCCUACCCUGAUCAUCAUUGCCAAGCUAGUACCAGGCAACUCACAAGCCCUUGUCAACGAGUCUCUCAUCCAGUCAGUCUGCUCUAUUGUGAAGCAACCCCUUGUGGGUAACGCGCUGAAGGCUUUGCUUCUCUUGGUCAAAGUCAUCGGUGACGAAGGCGUUGGUGCUCAACUUAUGCAGAGUUUACUCCAAAACGUCGGCAUCAAUGGCGACGCCUCUGUGGUUGGAAGAGCCAUCGGUACCUUACUCGUCCAUGGCGGAUCGAACCUAGGAGUCACAAUGAAUGACUUCUCCACUGAGCUGAGCACUGCUAAAGAUGAUAGCCGGAAAUGUCUCGCGCUGGCCAUUCUAGGAGAAAUUGCCCUGCGAAUGGGCUCUGGGUGUUCAUUGACACCGGACGUCUUCAUUCCUCACUUUAAAUCUCCAUCCGACCACGUUCGCUUGGCUGCAGCUACAGCCCUUGGAAAUGCAGCGGCUGGAAGUGUCAAGGCUUAUUUACCGAUCAUUUUAAAUGGUCUAGUCAAGUCAAACGCUCAGAGCUAUUUGCUUCUUCAUUCCGUUCGCGAGUUGCUGCAGCACGCCAAUGUGCGCCCUGACCUGGCCCCGACCGCUCUCAAACUGUGGCAGGCAUUGCUGCAGGUCUCCCAGGAGGAAGACAAUCGUGCCGUGGGCUCAGAGUGCAUUGGCCGACUUGCCUUGAUUGAUCCCGAACAUCUCCAUAACUCGGAUCCAAUUGUACGUGGAGUGGUGAUUUCUGCCUUCCGCUACACUUUGGCUGAUGCAAGCAAUGCCUUUAACGCUGUUCUCCGACCAUUGAUCGUGCCUCUGUUGACCGGCAUGCUGGCAGAUGCGGAUCUCAGCAAUCAUCGACUUGCAUUGACUACAUUGAAUUCGGCAAUUCACAAUAAAAUGAAUCUCCUGCUACCACACCUGGGUGAAUUGCUUCCUGUGGUUUUCGGUGACGCCCACAUUAAGCCGGAGCUUAUCCGUGAGGUACAAAUGGGUCCAUUCAAACACAAGGUGGACGAUGGACUCGAUCUGCGCAAGAGCGCCUACGAAACUCUCUAUGCCACCCUGGAUACAUCAUAUGCCCGUUUCAACCUUCCUGACCUUUUCGAACGCGUCCUUGCCGGAAUUGAAGACGAACAAGACAUCCGCGCCGUCAGCAACUUGAUGACCUCUAAACUCAUCAUCGCUGUGCCCAAGGAGACAGAGCGUCGUCUGGAUGCUCUGGCUGAGCGCUACACUACCAUCUUGUCGUUCAAACCCAAGGACAAUGCUGUCAAACAAGAGCUUGAGAAGGCCCAGGAGGCUUCGCUGGGUAUCCUCAAGAUCACCAAGGAACUGAGCAAGGCGUUCCCCGGUGCCGAGGCCUCUAACGAGUUACAGAAGUGGAGAGGAUACAUGGACUGGGUUCGCAAGAAUUUUGGUUCACAGUUCCAGAGCCUUGAAUCGGAUCUGUAA